GAUAGUUGGCGAAUGUCUCUAGAAGGAGGCAGCUGGUAGUAGCUUAAAUACAUAAGAACAGGUGAAGCUAUUUAAAAGAAUAUAUAUAUUAUUAUAUGGAAUUAUAAUUUUGGGAGUAUAAUAGAUUAGUCCAAAUCUACGUUACAUGCGUAAUACUUCCGCUGCGUCUGGGUUCAUUUGAAGAGUCCAUGUAAAAUAGCCUACGUGAAAUUGGCGAGAACUUCGUUUGCAAUACAAUUGUUGUAGGCUACUUAAACAUGACUACAGUGAAGCUAAUGCGAGCCAUUCGAGUUGCAGAGUUUGGUGGGCCAUCUGUUUUGAAACUUUAUUCUGAUAUACCCGCACCAUCUCCUGGACAGAAACAGGUAUUAAUUCGGAUUUAUGCCUGUGGAGUGAACCCAGUAGAAACUUACAUUCGGUCUGGAUCCUAUGCGCGAAAGCCAGCGCUUCCGUAUACCCCUGGAUCAGAUGUUUCUGGAGUUAUAGAGGCUGUUGGGGAUGGAGUUCAGUUUCUUCAGACAGGUGACCGUGUCUUUGCCACAGCCACUGAAACUGGAGGCUAUGCUGAGUAUGCGGUCGCAUCUGAAGAUGCUGUCCAUCGACUCCCUGACUCCUUAGAUUUCUGCCAGGGGGCAGCCAUUGGAGUCCCUUAUUUCACUGCUUAUCGUGCCCUCUUUCACAAGGCUCAUGCAAAAGCUGGGGAGACUGCUCUAAUCCAUGGAGCCAGUGGUGGAGUGGGUAUAGCGGCUUGUCAGCUUGCGCGUGCUUUUGGGCUGAAGGUACUUGGUACAACUGGAACUGUGGAGGGAAUGGAACUGGUGCUGAAAAAUGGAGCCCAUCAAGCCUUUAAUCACAGAGAAAAUGACUAUGUCUCCAAAAUAAAGGAAGCCACCAAUGGGCAGGGUGUAAAUGUGAUUGUAGAGAUGCUGUCUAAUGUCAAUCUCGACAACGAUCUACAGAUGUUGUCCUACGGUGGUCGAGUAACUAUUGUUGGCUGUAGGGGUCCUAUUGAGAUCAACCCCCGAGAUACCAUGAUCAAAGAAUCCAGUAUCAUUGGAGUGGCAUUAUUCUUUGCAACUCAAGAGGAGACAGCCGAAUGCGCCGCUGCUCUCUUUGCGGGAAUGGAGGCGGGCUGGCUCAGACCUGUUGUUGGGCCUAAGUACCCUCUUGAGAAAGCAUCUCUGGCCCAUGAGGACAUAAUCAACAGCCCUGGCGCAGCAGGAAAAAUGGUCCUUAUGAUGUGACUGCAGAAAAUGACACAAAAUGUCACCUGAGGACUUUUUCAUUUUGAUUUCAUUAUAAUUACAUAUUACAGCAUUACAGUUUCAUGAUUACACAAUGUAGCUCUUUAAGCAGUAAUCUACACUUUACAUGAGAUGAUACCUAAGAGGUAUAGCCUAGAUUAUCACUUUGACAUUUUCAGUAUUAUAAUGACAUUUACGACAAUAAAUAUUUUUUUGUGGGUGUGCUGGUUAUAAA